UGAUUGGAAUUUGGAAACUGCAAACCAGUAGCGCAAUGGCUCCUGCCAAGGAUCGCCUCCACAACCUUCUGGUCCUGCUCUUGUUCAUAGGUUGCCUCUUCGUAGAUGCUGCCGCCAAGCUUAACACCACAGCGCCUUGCCUCCCGGAUCAAGCUUCUUCCCUCCUCCGGCUAAAAGCUUCCUUCAUCGGUGACAACCUACCAUCAUGGCAAGCUGCAACAGAUUGUUGCCACUGGGAGGGCGUCACCUGCGACAUGGCCUUUGGAAGAGUCAUUUCUCUUGACCUCAGUGAGUUCCAACUAAUGAGCAGGCGUCUUGAUCCUGCGCUCUUCAACCUCACCUCUCUCAGGUACCUCAGCCUUGCAUUUGUUGACUUCAGUGGAGUCUCGCUCCCGGCAUCUGGGUUUGAGCGGCUCACAGAUAUCAUUAACCUCGACCUCUCUUAUACCCGUUUUACGGGUAAGAUCCCAAUUGGAAUUGCGUGCCUCAAGAACCUUGUGAUCAUUCACUUGCUUGAUAAUUACGAAUUGUAUUUUGAACGGCCAAGUUUCCAAACCAUCAUGGCAAAUAUGAGCAAUCUGAGGGAGCUUUAUCUUGAUGGAGUGGAUUUACAUAACAUCGGAUCGGAUUGGUCCACUGUUUUAGCAGACUCCGUUCCCCAGCUACAGAUUCUUAGCUUGUCCGGGUGUCGUAUAUCAGGUUCUAUCCACCCUUCAUUCUCAAGUUUGAGGACGCUUGAUUUGUCCUGGAACCCCAUGCUUUCUGUGAGAUUAACAUAUUUCCCAGCUGGAAACAAUUUGGAAGUACUAAAUCUAGAAGGGACCAAUUUCUCUUAUGACACCCCAUCCUCGUUUGCCAAUCUUGAGUCUUUAAAGACAUUGAGGCUUAGCACGAUGGGAAUUGAUAAUGAACUCGCCUCUUUGAUAUCUGAGCUUCCAGCAUUGGAUGACCUGCGACUCAUUGGAUCAAAUUUGGAGAAACCGGUAUUAUCUUGGGUCAGCAAUCUUACCCAAUUGACAGUCCUGCGGCUUUAUGGUUAUGACUUCUCUAAAUCGGUUCCCACUUGGAUCGGCAAAUUGACAAGGCUGGAAAGUUUGAUGAUAUGGUAUUGCAGUUUCUCCGUGCCAAUACCAUACCAGAUUAGAAAUCUUACUAAAUUGGCAGCGCUGGACUUCUCAAGAUGCGACUUCGAGCAAAGAAUGCCAUCAUGGAUAGGCAAUCUUACAGAGUUGACUUCUUUGACCAUUGAUGAUUGCAGUUUAUCUGGGCCAAUACCCUCAACAAUUGGGAACCUGAUCCAACUUGAAUACUUGGAGUUCUGCGAUACUAACAUCAGCGGAAAAAUUCCGAAGUCUUUGUUCGCUCUUCCAGUCCUGCAGUGUCUUCGUCUAGCUGAGAAUCAGCUUGUUGGCUCACUAGAAGACAUUCCUGCUCCUUUAUCAUCACCAUUGUGGGAGAUCGAUUUACAAGGUAAUCAAUUGACAGGUCCAAUACCAAAAUCACUUUUUCAGCUCACGAAUCUUGAGUAUCUCAAUCUUGGCUCGAAUAAAUUGAUAGGCACAAUAGAACUCGGCUCUAUAUGGAGGUUGAAAAAUCUCACUUAUCUCGACCUGGGUAACAAUAUGAUAUCACUUGUAGAAAAAGAAGGUGAUACGAUAUUCUCUUAUUCCCUUAAAAUCCAGACCUUAUACCUUGCAUCUUGCAACCUUACAAAAUUUCCGGAACCAUUAAAAUAUCUUGACACUAUUCAAUAUCUCGACCUUUCUAAAAACCAAAUCGAAGGGGCCAUACCAAGUUGGGUGUGGGAGAAACCACUGCGUCAGUUGAACCUCUCACACAACAUGUUUACUACUUUAGAGAAGUCUCCUACUGUUCAGAUGACACAUUUAAAUUCUCUUGAUCUCAGUUCUAAUAGAAUUCAAGGAAGCAUACCAAUACCAUCAACUCCAUCCGACCUGAUUCUGUUGGAUUACUCAAAUAAUAACUUCUCUACCAUUGAACCUCACUUUGGCAGGUAUCUUAGAAAUGCCAUCUACAUCAAUUUGUCAAAAAAUAAAUUAAGUGGCCAUGUCCCACUUUCAUUUUGUAGUUUAAACAAACUUGAGCUCAUGGACUUAUCUUACAAUAACUUUAGUGGACCAAUUCCAUCAUGUCUUAUGGAAAGAGUUUACCUGAGCAUAUUGAAGUUAAGAGGAAACAAAUUACAUGGCGUGCUACCUGAAAAUAUUAGAGAAGGAUGUAAGCUUCAGACAAUUGAUUUCAAUGAAAAUCAAAUUGAAGGUGCGCUACCUAGAUCACUAGCAAAUUGCCAAGACUUAGAGGUUCUUGAUGUUGGCAGUAAUCAUAUUGUAGAUUCAUUUCCAUCAUGGAUGGGUACUCUUCCAAAGCUUCGAAUUCUUGUGUUGAGAUCUAACCAACUGUAUGGCACUAUAAGGGAUCUUCGCAGUGGCUACCAACACUUCACAAGUUUGCAAAUAGUUGAUUUGGCCUCCAACUAUUUCUCCGGUGACUUACAUUCUGAAUGGUUUGAGAAUUUUAUUUCAAUGAUGAAUAACAACAAUGAUGAGGGGCAGAUAUUAGAGCACCAAACAACUGCAUUAGAGGCACCAUUGUAUCAAGAUACUGUCACUAUCACAUUCAAAGAUGCUGCUUUAAGCAUCACCAAAAUCCUUACUACUUUCAAAGUAAUUGAUUUCUCAAAUAACUCAUUUGAGGGUUCCAUUCCAAGUUCAAUUGGAAGGCUUGCUUCACUUCACGGACUUAACAUGUCGCACAAUAACUUCACGGGAGAAAUUCCAUCACAACUUGGGAAGUUAACAAGGUUGGAAUCAAUAGAUCUCUCUUGCAACCAUCUCUCAGGAGAAAUUCCACAGGAGUUUACCUCCCUAACUUCUCUUUCCUGGUUGAACCUUUCAUACAACAACUUGACUGGAAGAAUACCGCAGGCAAACCAAUUCUUGUCAUUUCCCAGCAGUUCGUUUGAAGGCAAUGGUGGCCUAUGUGGAAUUCAGCUUUCCAAGGAAUGUGACACUCGUCCAGAUUCAACCACCCCAAGCACAUUGGCUCCAGAACGCAAUACUUUGUGGCAGGAUAGACUUGAUGCCAUCAUUUUGUUCCUCUGUGCUGGCUUGGGCUUUGGCGUGGGUUUUGCAUUGGCAAUCAUAUUCGGUCCCUUUUACCACAUAGAAGAAUGGCUUUGCAAGCAUUUGUAAUAGUAAUAUAAGUUUUCAACAAGAAUAAUUAUAUGUUUGUGUUGUACUCGUUAUUAGACGAGACAUUUUAAAUCCACUCAUUUGUAAUUACGUUGUAACUAGUCCAUCAACCCGUACUUCCGCAUGGGUCAGUAUUUUUAAAAGCUGUUGUAUUUGAAAAUUAUUUAGAAAUUAAACUCCUUGCUAAUAA